AUUCGUCUCGCAAUGAGCACAAACUUAUCCCUUAAAACCGACAAUUCAGGUGGUGAAACGUCCAAAACUACAAUAAUAGGACCGCUCAACUUUGCCAAAGACACAUCACCGGAGCCACCAACAUCGCUGGUCAACGAGCGAGCUGUGCCAUGCAUGUUCUGCAGCAACGUUUACGACUUCCACAGCUGCGAUAAUGGCUCCGAUCAAUAUCUGGCCCAUCUGUAUCUGAUCCAUCGGCUGGUAGUGGCCGAUGUGAAGGAAAUCGCCUGCCUACCCAGCUACUGUUACUUCUGGAAGGAAAAAUUCAGCAACGAACCUGUUGACAAAUAUUGUUCUGCAAUGUUGUUGAACCAGCUGCCCGAUGGUAGUACCAGUUCGCAGAGUGAAAAAUACUUUCUACUCAGUGACGUCGAACCCUUGGAUUAUGAACUACGGCAACGGUUACGGCGCGAGAAGCUCGAGCUAGUACUCACGCGUCACCAGUUUGAACGAACGGAUCGAAAUUUCAACCGUGGCUGCUUAUACUGCCGUGAUUAUCGAUCGGAAACGCGCCCGGAAUAUGUGAGCCAUCUCUACACGAAGCAUUUUCUGCUGCUCGGCAAACCGGAACAUUUGGUGUUUGUAGAUGAACUUAUAGACGUUGUGCAGGAAAAGUUGAACCAGUUGCUUUGUCUGUUCUGUGAAAAGCUAUUCAAGGAUCGACCCACACUAAAAGAGCACAUGCGAAAGAAGGGCCACAAACGCAUCAAUCCUGAUAAUCAUUACUACGACCGCUUCUUUCUCGUCAACUAUCGGCUAAAGCAGAAGCCCGAGUAUGUUCCCAUUGCCAAGCGAAAAGAAGAAAGCCGCGUGUUUGCAUCGGACUCCGAUUCCGAUUCCGAUUGGUCCGAUUGGAAUGGGGAAGAACAGACGACGACGUGUCUGUUCUGUAGCCAUGCCGAAAAUAACAUCGACCGUCUGAAGCAGCACAUGGUGGAAAAGCAUAGGUUUAAUUUUGAUCAAACCGUAGUUAGCAUGAGUUUCUAUCAGCGUGUAAAAGUGGUAAACUUUAUUCGACGACAAAUGCACAUCCGGAAGUGUAUUGGGUGCGGAGAGCAGUACAACGAUUAUGAUAGCUUGUGCAAACAUCUAGAGGAAGCAAAUCAUUUCUUGCUGGACAAGGAAUCGUGUGCCUGGGAUCGGCCGGAAUACUUCUUUCCCACGUACGAGGACGAUCAGUUCCUGUGCCACCUGGAGGAGGUGGAAAAUGAAAAGGAUGAUGAUUUAUCGCAGGAGGAAGGAUCGAUCGUUAUAUCGGAAAGCGUUAAUGCCACUAUUAAUCUCGAUGCCGAAUCGUUGUCACUUGAAAACUUUAAAUUGUAAAAUGCUCUAAAAG